GGUAGUUUCAAUCCAGCCUCAGCAUCCUCCUCCUCCUCCUCCUCCUCCCCGAAGAGGACAGCCGACAGCCGGUGUGCGCGAAGUGCUUUUUGUUUUUGUCCGCGACCAUGGUGGAAAUUACGGAUAUGGUGUGCCUUCUCGUCCCGCUGCUGAUGCUGACGGGCUCUACCUUCCAGGCCGACGCGAAGAGCGCCAAGGAGGCGGAAAAAACGGGGAAUUUCAUGGAAGACGAGCAGUGGCUGUCCACCAUUUCACAGUACAGCCGCAAGAUCAAGCACUGGAAUCGCUUCAGAGAUGAGGUAGAGGACGAUUAUGUGCGCACCUGGGAUGAAAAUCAAGGUUCUAAUGACAAUGUAGACACCACCAAGGACCCUUGUCAAAAGGUUAAGUGUAGCCGGCACAAGGUGUGUAUCGCCCAGGGCUACCAGAGGGCCGUGUGUGUCAACCGCAAGAAACUUGAACACAGACUGAAGCAGCCUGCUCUCAGGUCUCCUGAUGGAAACUGUCAACCCUGUCCCAUCUCCUCCACUGGGCCUGUUUGCGGAUCGGACGGACACAACUAUGCCUCAAAGUGCAAGCUGGAGCAGCAGGCGUGUCUCACAGGGAAGGAUCUUUCCCUGAAGUGUUCAGGUCUGUGUCCUUGUCCAACUGCUGCCCCGACAUCCAAGGAGAGUAAACAUGAAAGCUGCACCGGACAGGAUCUGGCUGAUCUCGGUGAGCGUCUGAGGGACUGGUUCCAGCUACUGCAGAGCAAUGCCAAGCAGAACAACAACAGCAAGCCGGGAGCCAGAGUCACUGCAGCCAGCGGCACAUCAGUGCUGGACAGGAGCCUGGUGGCCAGCUGUAAGGACUCCAUAGGCUGGAUGUUCUCCAAGCUGGACACCAACAGCGACCUGUACCUGGACCAGGCUGAGCUGGCCGCCAUCAACCUGGACAAAUAUGAAGUCUGCAUUCGGCCCUUCUUCAACUCCUGCGACUCCUACAGGGACGGCAAGGUCUCCACUGCCGAAUGGUGCCUCUGCUUCUGGAGAGAGAAGCCACCUUGCCUGACUGAACUCGAGAGGAUCCAAGUACUGGAUGGCGGCAAGAGAAAGUUCGGUCGAUUCAUCCCGAGCUGCGAUGAAGACGGCUACUACAGGAAGCAGCAGUGUGACAGGGGAGAGUGCUGGUGCGUCGACCGAAACGGAGGAGAAGUCGCCGGUUCUAGGAUUCGUGGCAAGCCAGAUUGCGAUUAUGAAGUGGCAUAUUCAGGUGAUUUCGGCAGCGGCGUCGGGUGGGAGGACGAGGAGGAGAAAGAAGCCGAGGAGACCGCAGAGGAAGCCGAGGAGGAAGAGGGAGAGGUGGGAGAGGUGGAUGACGGGGGAUACAUCUGGUAGAGGGGCCGACGCGUAAUCCAGCCUCUGUACAGGAGCAUCUCGACGGUCCCGAACCCAAACACACACACACACACACACACACAAACACACAGAUCCUGCAAAGACAUGGACGUGAAGAUGUGCUCACACUCAGAACAACACUGACUCAUGAGGAAGCGAGGGACAGGGUUGCACACGGCGGAGACGCAUAUGUUAUGGGAGUAUUUAAUGUUACAGGAUGUUCUUAACUCGGGCAGGGGGAGGGGGAAAUAUCGCUAUAAAGAAAUUAUGGGUCUGGAAUCGAGAAUUUUGUCCUUCAUACUUGUGAAUCUUCGUUCUCUUCUGUUGUAUGUCUUUUGAUCUAUCUUUGAGCAGUUUUUAGCUGAUGCAUAAUGGAGACUUUAAGAAACUGCAGGUGCUUGUCAUGGGCUUGCAUUAAAAAAAAAAAAAUGAAGCAAGACUGGGUGCAUUUCAAUAGUCCAAAUUGGCUCUUUUUCAUCUAUUGUGCUUGCAGAUUGACAGCAUUUAGCCAGUAACCACUUUUGGCUUUUUAGACCGAAAACAGAUUAUAGAAAAGAAGUCACGGCAGAAUAUUGAAAAGCACCCUUUCACCUCACCAUUUUCAUUUCAUACGCUUCGGCUCGUAUGUGACAGUAGUGCUCUGUCCCAUCCAUGACUUAUUAAGACAACGGUUCUCACGCGUCACUCUUUAGCUUGUAUAUAAUGUGUGUAUCAGAAGACAGAAUGUCGCCUAUUAGUCCCGUAACCCAUGCCUUGAACAACUAGCAGAGUGUACUGCUUAGCUGGCAAGUGUGCAUCGCAUCAUAAUGUGAAUCAAUUAUUGUGUUUAAUAAAAAAAAGUUGAAGAAAAUAAACUGGUCUAUGUGGCCCAGCUGGCCACCGUA